GAGAAGAGGAGAGAAGAGAGAGCAGCUCUGAGCGGAUAACGGAGCAGCAUGUAUACCAAACACAGGCAGAAAAACCGACAUGUCCUAUCAGCACAAAAUUCACCCGUUUUUCUGUCUCUUUUACUUCUGAAUGCUUUACUGCAAUCGGUGGAUGGAAACCUACGAGAAGAAGCAUGGAAGCAGCGAGGACAGAAGGUGACGGCGCACUGGAUCACCCACAGCACUGUACAUAAAGAGACAGGAUCCACUCUACAGGACCAGUUUCCAGAGAGGGGAGAGAUUCUGGUCUCAGCGCCGGACCUGGAGCUGGUGCUGCAAGUAGAGCGUAAUCAAGAACUUCUGGCUAAAGAUUUCACGGCGACUCACUAUGAAGACAACCAGCCUGUAACCCUUACCAACAAUUACACAGAUCAUUGCUUUUACCACGGGGGUGUCAGGGGUUACUCCUCAUCCUGGGUUGCACUGAGCACAUGCUCUGGAGUGAGGGGCCUGAUUGUGUUGAACACAAAUGACACCUACUACUUGGAGCCAGAAGGAGGGCAGGAGAUUCUACACCACACAUUCUAUCACACGGAUCAGCUGCCAAUUAAAGGUGGUACAUGUGGACACGGCCAUCAGACUGGACAUCGAGGGCUGUUCAGCGGCCUCAUUAAACCUUUGCAUCAAAGGGUGAAACGAAAUGCUUGGGGCACAACCAAGUACACGGAGCUUUAUGUAGUUGCGGACAACACACUGUUCAAAAAGCAAAACAAAGACCUUGAAAAAACCAAGCUAAGAAUCAUGGAGAUCGCCAAUUACGUUGAUAAGUUCUACAGGGCUUUGAAUAUCCGAGUGCCUUUGAUUGGGCUGGAGGUGUGGACAGACCGUGAUCAGUGCAUUAUCAGCGAGGAGCCCAAUGCCACUCUGUGGUCCUUCCUGCAGUGGAGACAGAAGCUUAAGUCUCACAAGAAACACGACAAUGCACAGCUACUCACUGGAGUGAUAUUUAAGGGCACCACUAUUGGCAUGGCACCUCUUGAAGGAAUGUGCAGUAAUGAAAAUUCCGGUGGCAUCAAUGUGGAUCAUUCAGAAUUGCCUAUUGGUGCAGCGGCCACCAUGGCCCAUGAGAUCGGCCAUAACUUCGGCAUGAGCCAUGACCAUGACGGCUGCUGUGUAGAAGCCACUGCUGAGCAGGGAGGCUGUGUAAUGGCAGCAGCUACAGGGCACCCCUUCCCUAAGGUCUUCAGUCGCUGCAGCAAGAAAGAUCUGGACAACUACUUCCAGAAAGGAGGAGGGAUGUGCUUAUUUAACAUGCCCAAUAUGAAGGAUCUGGUUGGGGGGAAGAGGUGUGGAAAUGGCUUUGUGGAAGAGGGGGAAGAAUGUGACUGUGGAGAACCAGAGGAAUGUUCCAACGACUGCUGCCAUGCCAGUAACUGCACUCUGAAGCAGGACGCACAGUGUGCACACGGCGUUUGCUGUAGCGGCUGCAAGCUUAAAAAGGCAGGCACAAUGUGCCGAAGUGCUGCCGGCACUUGUGAUCUCCCAGAGUACUGCACAGGUGGAUCACCCUACUGCCCAGCCAAUGUAUACCUUCUGGAUGGCUCCUCGUGCCAAUACGGUCAUGCCUACUGUUAUAAUGGCAUGUGCCUAACUCACGAGCAACAAUGCCUGCAACUUUGGGGUUACGGUGCACGGCCUGCACACGAUGCCUGUUUCCAGGAUGUGAAUGCUGCAGGAAAUGCUUUCGGAAACUGCGGCAAGGAUGAAAAAGGCAAUUUCAUGAAGUGUGAGAAAAGUGAUGCCAAAUGUGGAAAGAUCCAAUGCCUCAGUGCUGCCAAGAAGCCGAAGGGCACCAACGCUGUGUCCAUCGACACCACCAUCCGCACAGAUGGCAUCGAAGUGAAGUGUCGUGGCACAUAUGUUUACAGCACACAGGACGGCCAAGGAGACCUACCCGAUCCCGGCCUCGUCAUGACUGGCACAAAGUGUGGAGAGGGCAAGAUGUGCAAAAACCGCCGGUGCCAAAACGCGUCUUUCUCUGAGCUGGAAGCUUGUAUUGCUCGUUGCAAUGAUCACGGGGUGUGCAACAGCAACAGGAACUGCCACUGCAACCGAGGCUGGGCACCACCCUACUGUGAUAAACCAGGGCUGGGAGGCAGCAUGGACAGUGGACCGGUGCAAGACUACAGUCAGAGUGGACUGGUCGGUGGCCUGGUCUUUGCUUUUCUGGUGCUGCUCCCUGCUGUUCUCAUCGCCUUUUACUGCAUCAAAAUCAAGACCUCCUAUUACCACAAAUGGCUGUCGCAAAGGGAGAGGACCAAGGCUAACAACAGCAGACAUGAGAGUUCUAUAGAAAAGAGGAAGAAUGGACAUUUAAACCCAGCUUUUCACUUGAAGGUAGUGGGACCGCUCAACAAAAACACCAAUCUCAAGCUACCUCAUACCAGUAAGGAAGUGCUCCCUCUGCGACCAGGCCCAGUCUCCAACGGAAGCCAGCCAGUCAACGUUGUCCGGCCUCUCCGACCCGCCCCUUCUCCCCACGUCCGUGAUGUCAAAGUGCCUCGGCCUCCUCCUCCCAUCAGCAAACCUCUGGAAGCAGUGAAGUGCAGUCCUACUGCUCCCAAACUCAGCCCACCCAAGAAACCCCUGCCUCUUAAUCCUACACGCAGCCCAGUGAUGGUACCAGAACUUCAUCCAAAACCUUCCCCCACACCUCCACAAAGACCUCUACCCUUGAGCCCUGCUCGUGGAGCCGUGGCCAAACCUUCAUCUGGAGCUGGGGAGCUGCUGGUAAUGAUGCCCCCUGCUGCGGGCCCCAAAACUGUGAGCAAGGUCACCGCCGUGCCCCCUCUGAAAGCACUCAGACCUGUAUGUGGACCCAAACCAAACACAAUCUCACAGUCCCCUUUCCGAAAAUGACCUUUGUGAAAUCGACUGCAAAGGCAGCAGCCAACCUAUUUGCACUAUAUAAAGGCUUUUGAUGGGAGAUUGGUAACAGUGUGGACGAGUAGUUGACAGAAGGGUAUGGUGCUAAGGCCAGGACUUCCUCAGCCUCACUUAUUUAAGACAGAGUACAAUCCAGUGGGAGAGGAGACAUGAUUUUGCAUGGGUGAGAUGCAGAUUAAGACAAGAUGCUUCUGAUCAGGCAUCACAUUGCCAAAACAUUAUUAUUAUUAUUUUUUACUUUACACUUGUAUGAUCUGUUGUUAUUGUGCUAUGCUGUUGUCUUGUUUACAUUUUUUUAUUGUAUGUUAUUUGCCAAAGAUGUUGUUUUGUCUAAUAAUCUAAUUGUUCUUAACUGUUAUAAAUUUUUGCAUUUGUAAUAUACAAUGG